AUGGAUAAAAUAUUGGUUAAAGAUAGUUGUGAUCUGUACGGCCGACCCGCCCGCAGGACACAAUGGAUAGCGAGUACCCUGGCUUACCACUACGGACUGGAUCGGGGAGUAGAGAACGAAAUUAUAGUUCUGGCGACCGGACUGGACCAGUAUCUGCAGGAGAUCUUCCACCACAUGGACUGUACAGGAGAUGGGAAGAUAUCCAUGGAGGACUUUAAUAUUCUGUGUGAGAUCUUGGGGUUGAACAAAGACUCUGAGUCGGAGGAGUGUGUGGGGGUCCUGGAUAAUCUGCCCAGUGAGUUUACCUUCAGGCAGUUCCACGCUAAACUCUGCGGAUACUUCAGCACCAAGGCUGGGUCCCAGUAUGAGAACGGGAGGUUACUGGUCGGGAAAGACAGUGAGCAUAUAGAGACUCAGAUCCGCCUGAGGAUCCCUCUCAGGCGGCGAAAGAAGAUGCUAUCUCUGGGGACCGGUGGGAGAGAGAGCCCGGGAUCGUCACCGAACUCAGAUAGACAUUUGCCGGGCUGUCGGCAGCUGCGCGCCUCCUGCACCCGGGAGUGUUACGAGGAGAUUGUGGCUCUGGAGGAAGCAGAGGAAAGGAUAACUAAACUACAGGAUGAGAAUGCCAGUCUGAGGGAGCUGGUGGAGGAUAUGAGGGCGGCUCUACAGAGCAGUGAUGCCCGCUCCCUGGCACUACAGGUAGGACUGUUGAAGAGCCACUCCAAACACGAAUCAGAGGGUGGCUGCUUCAUCGCUCAUCACAAACUAUCUGUCCGGACGACCCACAGCAGCAACAACUGCCAUGGGAACACCAAGAUCCACAACCUCAGCCACAUCAAGACGACCCACAGCAGCAAUCCCAGCAGCCAGCGUGACCCCAGUCAGUACUCUAGCCUGAAGACCAGUAGCCAGUACACUUGCCUGCGGAGCCUCGUCCAUGAGAUUGACCCGAUCCACAGCUCUCGGAAUGGGCAGGUGGAGGAGGCCAUUCUGUUUAAUAAAAAGCUGGAACAAGAGCUGAGGUCGUCGCGGGAGGCAGUGUCGGAGUUAGAGGGGUGUAACAGGGCACUGCAGGUGGAGCAGGGGGACAUGAGGAGGAAGGUGGAGGAUGCCCGUCAGGCGCUGGUCAGUGGAAUGGGGAAGGUCAAAGAGCUGGAGGCUAAAGCCAGCAGAGUACCAGUCCUACAGAGACACAUCAAGCAGCUGGAGCAGGAGAUCCGCUACUACAGGUCGGAGGUGUCUAAAUUACAGCUCUCAGGGUGCACAAGGGCAAAUAAGCAGGUGGGCGGAGCCUGCGGACCAGUCCAGAGGUGUUGCCUAGACGACCAACAGGACCGCUGGUCCCCCACCGGCCGCUCUGAGACAACUCCAGAUAACAGUCAGGAGCAGUUGUUCCGGUCAGUAGAGGGCCAGGCAGCAUCAGACGACGACGAGGAAAAGUGGACAGGUGAACAACAGAGACAGGUGGACGAAAUGAAGAGGAUCCUCGCCAGACUGUCCUGCUGCGGAGACAGGUGUGAUGACAAGGCUAUGAAGAAACUGCUGUCCCACUUCAGUGGUUCCAGGAGGAGAGGAGGCAAAGACUGGGAACUGAACAGCCUGCUGGAGGUUGAUAUGAAAGACUGGGAACUGAACAACCUGCUGGAGGUUGAUAUGAAAGACUGGGAACUGAACAGCCUGCUGGAGGUUGAUAUGAAAGACUGGGAACUGAACAGCCUGCUGGAGGUUGAUAUGAAAGACUGGGACCUGAACAACCUGCUGGAGGUUGAUAUGAAAGACCGGGAACUAAACAGCCUGCUGGAGGUUGAUAUGAAAGACUGGGAACUGAACAGCCUGCUGGAGGUUGAUAUGAAAGACUGGGAACUGAACAACCUGCUGGAGGUUGAUAUGAAAGACUGGGAACUGAACAGCCUGCUGGAGGUUGAUAUGAAAGACUGGGAACUGAACAGCCUGCUGGAGGUUGAUAUGAAAGACUGGGAACUGAACAACCUGCUGGAGGUUGAUAUGAAAGACUGGGAACUGAACAGCCUGCUGGAGGUUGAUAUGAAAGACUGGGAACUGAACAACCUGCUGGAGGUUGAUAUGAAAGACUGGGAACUGAACAGCCUGCUGGAGGUUGAUAUGAAAGACUGGGAACUGAACAACCUCCUGGAGGUUAAUAUGAAAGACUGGUAA